CACGUCAGUAAACAAAUACCUGACGUUCACCAAUGACAACUGUCAAGCUAGCCAGCGCAAUCGGAGACUUCCUCUCGGAGUCCGUAGUUAUACAAACUAUUUAACAAUACGUUACAUAUUUAUAAUUGAGUUAACGUUAGUUCAUCAUUUUGCUGAAUUUGAACGUUUGCUUGUUAGUUUGCAAAUGCUAACUAGCUGGCAACCUAGCUAGCGAUAGUCAUUUGUUAACAUUCGGCAGCUAGUUGUAAGCGUGACACUUUGUUAUUAAGUAACGUUAAUUAACGUGAAGGAUUAAGGUUGAUUAUGUCUGGACCAAAUGGAGAUCCAAAUAUCCCAAUUGACGAGGGUAUUAUCAACGACGAAGAUGAAUUUGAUGACGAAGAGUACGAAUCCAUCAACUCCAUGCUGGAUCAGAUUAACUCCUACCUCGAUGACCUGGAUGAUCGCAAUGAUUCACUUAAUGGCAAACUGCAGGAACUAAUGGAGUCGAACCAGCAAGCCAGGCUGGAGUUCAAGGCCCAACGGCACAGCUCCCAGACCCAGGAAGAGCAACGUCCUGCAGACGGGGAUCCCUCCUUGGGCGUCAAGGAAGACGUGAAUAACGAAAAUGAGGAUUCCAAAUGAGUGAUCGAAAUAUUUAGUAAACUCCUCACUCUUGUCGUACUAAAUGACCCUUAAUCUGCAAGGUUCCACCCUAUCGGAUUCUUUAUUUUCUACAAACGGCAGAUGUGACAUUUUGCUUCUCAAUCACCUCAACGUGGUUUUCUUUGUUGAGCUGUGAAAUGCUGAUGUUGGGUUCAGAUUGUUUGACUUCUAGCAGCUAAAUUGCACGCCGUAGUGACCUGUGACUGUCACGGUGUGUUUGUGUUGAUGGUCAUAUCUGAGAAGCUGAUUAUGUCACUUGACAGUAACUUGACAUUCCUCGAGAGUUCAUCCUGAUCUCAAGCAUUUGUCUUUUUGACCAAAUAGGGGUCAUAGUUAAACUUCUUUGAAUUGUGCAGAUCCAUUUGGUGUACGUGUGUUGCUUUGUGAUAGCUUAUCUCUGUUCCUCUUUGAUUUAUCCCAAAAAGUAAUGAUGUAUAAUAAUGUAUUAACCUGCUAUGGCUGUGAAUGAGCUCAUGUGUAACUCAAAUGAUAGUCACAAAGUCAAGUGUGGGAAUUGUCAGACAUUUUAAUAUAAAUUAAAAUGAUACCCUCGAAAACAGAAAACCAAAAUACAUACAACUUCCAGCAGUUAGAAAACCACACCUGUUUGUUCAUCUCAAUUUAGUCAUUAGCUGAAUAAAAAUACAACAAACUUA